AUGAGAGAGCACUUAAAAACAGAAAUUAGUGAAAUAUCUACAAAAAGAUAAGAGACUUAUUCUUUACAACAUAUAGGUUAAUCUAGCAUCUUUCUUGAGGAUUAAAAAAUGUCAUUCAAAUAAUCUUUAUUCCUAAGAAAUAGCUACAAUUAGAUUAGACAUCCUUAUUCUCAAACUAUUAUCUUACCUAAACAUGAUUAUCACAUUUAAAAGGAAGAUAACAAUAUAAUUAUUUCUGGGAAAACAUAUUUAACAAAAGCCAUGGAACAUAGAUAUAUGAAGAUUCCAUGUCAUAAUAUUGUUGGCACUUUACAUUGUUUCAUUUAAUGCACAAGUGAAUUUUAAGUUUUAUUAUCUUAAAUACACCCUUUCCCAACCAAUCAUAAUUGUGAAUAGGUUAUUAAUAACAGAGGAUUUCAUAUGUCAGUAAUUUCAGGUGAAUUUAUUUAUAUUUCUUUUAUCUCAAGAAAAGACUCUGAAGUCACUUUCAAAAUUCAAUCUUAAAUUUAAUACGAACAAAAUUAUAGAAUGAAAACUUUGUAAGACACUCCUACUAAUGAUUUUCUACCUUCUAUGAAUUCUAAGUCUUUUUAAUUCAUUAUUAAUUCUAAUAAAGAAUAAGCAAAAAUUAAAAAAAAUAAAUAUUAUGAUGAAAUUUCAAGAUCUGAAAGAUUUCUCAAAGUAUUAUAAACUAAAAACUUUUAAAAGUAAUCCCAAAAUUAAGCAAUUAUUUAAAAAAAGUUUGAUAUUAAAGCAAAAUAAUUAGCCAACAAAGAAAAAAUCCUAUAAAAAAGACUCAAUUUUGUAUUAAAACAGAAAUUCUUUUUUGAACAUCAAUGGGUUAUAUUAUUAUAUAUAAUUAAAUUAGGAUAAUAGAUAGCUAAUAUCUUUUAUCAUAAAAAGGGAAUUAUUUAAAAAUAUCGAUUGGCUGCUUUUAAGAUAAAAUUAAUAUUGGUUGUAUUAAGAAAAUAAUUAGCUAAAACUAAAGGUUGUAGUUUAAGUUCAAGAAUAACAGUAGAUGCCUUAAUAUCUAUGAAAAUGAGAGCAAAAAUAGUGAGUAAUAUAGUAAGAAUUAAAUAAGGGGAUAUCUUAAUACCUUAUUUUAGAUAGAGAGCAUAAAUAUAUGAUCUAAAAGUAAAGAUGUUAGAAAAAGCAAAUAAAAUAUUAAUCAUAAAAAAAUAUGUGUUAAUUUUUGAAUCAAAUUAUUUGUAAUACAAGAGAGAAAUGAUAGAAAAAUGGGAGAAAACUAAUGACAAAUUAAGGGAAUAAGAAAUUAAAGAAAAAUAACCAGCAUUACGAAACAAAGCAAUUGUCAUGUGGUUUUAAGUAUUAAAAGAUAAGGAUUUUGCUUAGUAGAUGAGAAAUUGUUUUAUAUUUGAAUUAAUGAGAGAUAGAAUAAAGGUUCAUUUAUAGGAUUAAUCAAUAAUUAAGAAAUAUAAAUUUGAUUUGAAAUACUAUAAAUCAAAAUUAAGAGUAUGUAGAGAUUCAAAUGAAGCUAAUUCUUAUAGGUAAGAAAUAGCAUAAAUAACAAAUGAGAUAUAUGCUAUGCAUAUGAAAAGUUAAUUAUUUAUGCAUGUUGAUGUUGAUAAAUAUUUUUAGAAAUUAUUGAAUAAAUAUAUUGUUUUAGUAGAUGAAACUGAAAAUCUACCAGAAGAUAUACAAGUAUAAUAAAAACAAAAAUAAAGAUAAUCUAGGAUAUCAUUGAGGAAAGGUACAAGAAAAUCCAAACUAUGA